AUGUUGUACCUAUGUUGUAAGUAUACAACAUCGUUCUCCAGUUUUGAUCUGCUGAGCUCGUUUAUGUCUCUGCUAGAGUCGGAGGGAGUUGUCGUCUUUUUCCAUAGACGCGCCAUCCCAAAAAAGGUCCUAGGCGUAGCUGUCUCUAUCUCUUUUUCAAUCAUGGCUGUGAUAGCAGUAGGUCUGCGGCCGCUAGCUCGCUAUCUUGCUGGGAAAAAAAUGGAUGCUGAGUGA